GUAUAAUUAAGAGAAUAGGGAAUUGAAAAGGUCAAAAAUACAUCCAUAUGUCUCGGUUAGUUGAUGAUCGAUCACAAUGCAUUUCAUCAUCACAAAUUCUUGCAUUUCCCGCAACUUUCUCUCCUUUUUUCAAUUUCUUCCUUCUUAUACUCUUUUCUUUCCAUUUUACUUUUCCUGCUUUCAACGAGGGUUAGAAUAACUUGUUAUCCAAGAAUCAUAUAUAUGGCUACAAUUAGGGCAAAAGAUAGUUUGAGAAAGGAGAAGAAGGUGGCCACCCCUUCUUCAAGUCCAAAACCAGCUAUAGCCACCCACUCCGAUCAUAAAUUAAAAUCAUCAACCCCUGCCUCUUCGUCAUCAGCAAAACCAGUCCCGAACUAUCUCAAACCUACACUUAGCUCAAAAUCAGAAUCUUUAAAAUUUGUCAAGAAACCUAAUCACAGCAAUAAUAAUGAAGACCCCGCGCAAAAGCAGCUUCUUAGAAGAAGAUCUUUCGACAGGCCUCCGUCGUCUGUUCGUGCACAAACUUCACUCAUCAGCUCACCCGAACCCAAAGAACGAGUCGCUGCUUCUCGGAUCCCGAAUAACAGACCUUCAUCAGCGUCAACGGCUCAUACUACAGCUUAUUACAGACCCGUUCUUGACAGAAAUUCAAAGUCUCUCAAGCCUACUGUAAGAUCACCACCUCAGCAAGUACACCGGCCGGUAGCUAAUUCUGCAGGGACAUUAUUGAAAAGGAGCAAAAGUCUAAGCAAGAAUAAUAAUUCUCAUUCAUCCAAGUCUCCGAGCAAUAGUAUUCCUCCUCCUCCGGAUGAAACUCAAGAUUUGAACCUUGAAAUCAACCAAGAAACAACUAAUAAUGAAUCUUUGGUUCAAGAAAGUGCUGAAUUAGAGGCAGUGAAUAAUGUUGAAGACAUGGAUGUUGCUGAAGAUUCUCAAGUUAAAGACGGCGGCGAUGUUCAUCAUCAUGAAGAUGAUGAGAAUAUAAAAACUGCUGAAACUUCCAUAGUUGAAGAAGUUUCAAGUGUCGUAUCUGAUCAGGUUGAAGUAAAUGAAAUAGAAUUACGACACGAAGUAGUUCAUCAAGAUGAGAACAUACAAGAGGAAUUAGAGCAUGAGGAUCAGAAAGAAGAGCGCGAUGAAAAUCAAUUAGAUGAUACUAAAUUAGUCGAUAAUCAGGUUAUUACUGAUGAUCGCAAAGAAGAAGAGAACAUCGUAAACGAAAAAACUCCCGAAGAAGAAUCCGAAGCUGUCGUAGAGGAAACAAAGUAUGAGGAACUCGUAAGCGAAGAGGUUAAACUGAAAAAUGAAGAACCAGAUGUUCAAGAAGUAGUAGCGGUGGAAAAUCGGGUCGAAGAAGGAAACGAAGAAGUUAAUAAUAAUAGUAAUAAUAAUAGUAAUGCAACGCAAAAUAAGAAGCAACCAGCAGCUUACAAUGAUGUGAUAGAGGAGACAAAGAACAAGCUGCUAGAGAAGAGGAAGAACAAGGUUAAAGCUUUGGUGGGUGCAUUUGAGACAGUCAUUGACUAUGAAACAGCUGCUGGUUCUAAUAAAUGAAAUUACUACAUUUUAGUGAAGAGUUCAACAGAAAAUUGUCGGACAAUGGUGUUUGUUAGUUCUUCCUUGCAUGUGGGGAUACCGUUACGAUGGUCUGCUAACCGUUUCGGUGAAGCUGCACACUUUAUACUUAUAUUACUACAUACACUUUGCUUUUGUCUUUUUGGUAUUUAUUGUGAAAUAGUAUUUUGUUUGUUAAGUUGAUUUAUUUCCUUAAUUGGAUUGAAGGCUAUAUUUGUAUUUUUGAGAUAAAUUAUGUAUAGACAUUAAUUACUUCAUCACCAGAUUUUGUAAAA